CGGGUUCCCGGCGAGGGCUCCGCUUUCCCUCCGGGUCCUCCGCGGGAAGCGCCAGAAGCGGAGGGAGGAACGCCUACGAGGGUUGCCACCGGCUCAGUUCGAUAGGGGAUGCCGAAGAACGCGCGUCGUCGUUCACCGCGGCUUCACAUAUUUUAAUUUGCGACAGCUCGGAAGGCAAAGAAAGAUUCGGAGACUCGGGUGAAAGUGUGGCUGCGUUGGUGAGAUCCGAAUACCCCGAGGUUCCCAUUGUCACGUAUUAGCUAUUUCGAUUUUUCAAAAUUUACCAUUUUUUUUUCUUUCGAUCCACCACCUCGUCUUCGGAAUAAUUGACGCUGAGUGUUUUUUAUCACGCGACUUCUCGUAUUUCUUUCACCUUUCGUGGACUGGCUGGGAGAAGAGACGAAACGUUGACACCUGUUCACGAAUGGUUUUUGAGGAAACUGAAUUACCGACGAAUUGGUGGAUCGUUGAAAUCAAAGAUUCGUGAGAUAUAAGAAGAGUAAAAAAGAACCAUCAAGCCGCGUUCAACUGUCCGAACUCUUUGAGGAUUUUAUCGACUGAGGAAGCAGAAUGUAGACAAAGAAGAAAACCAAUCGAGUUCCGAAAUUCAAAGGCGGUCACUCGAUCUGCAUAAAUCGACUCGCGCUAUUUCUUCCUGGUCUUUGUGUUCGUUUUCUCUUUUCUUAUUUCUUCACGCAAAAGUGCGAGCCCGUAUUCGUCCGGUCCGAAAUUAGGCGGGAAGAAAAAUCGUCACCAUGAGGAAAAGGAAGCUGCCUCGAAUUCAGAGGUAGAAGAAUCCACGGGCUGCAAGCUCUCUGCAACAAGAUCAAGAUUGGCGGGUGGUUUGACGCCCCGCGGGGUGGCGAGCUACCGGUUUUCCCAUCAGCCCCGGGUCCAUGGCCCCCGGCUGGUCACGCCUUCGCUGGUGGUGGUUCACCGCUCUGAUCCUGGCCGUAUGGUGGCCGAGAGCAAGGGCCGACUGGACUCGCCCCGAGACCUCGGAGCAUCGCCUGGUGCCGAGGGAUUCUCAGCGAGGAAACGAGGUCCUAAUUUACCUCAGAGAACAGUGCGAUCACGGGACGAACGUCACGGAGAUCGGCGCCCUCCUCAGUCGCUACAAUUCGACUCUGACCCUCAGCAUGCUGCCGAAAUCCGUCACCUGCGAGACUCGCUCCCGAGGGCUUGGUGCACUCGUCAACGCCCUGGGACGCAACACCACCCGGGCUCUGAUCGCAACCGUAGAACCAGACACGUGCGAAGUUGCCGCCAGGCUUGCCGACCUCUGGGACAAGCCACUGAUUACGUGGACCUGUCCGCUGAGAACUGCGGAAGAGACAGACGUAUCCUCGGUUAUCAGACUAUCUCCUUCACUUCCGGCGAUCGCACAAACUUUGGCUGAAAUUCUUGUACAUUUUCGUUGGAAGUCUGUCGCCAUGGUCAGCACAGAUCACGGCAUCUGGCCAAGCCUGGAUCACGCUAUGGUUGGUUCAUUGCGGAGUAUAGACGCGGUUCCGAGGCACCAUGUGGUCUUGUCGUCCCAUGCAAUGGCGAGACAAAUCCAUGGUGCCCUCAGGCCGCUCCACAACAUCCCUUGCAGAGCAAUCGUCCUGUGUCUUCCACCGGAUUCCGAACUCGCCACUCGAGUCCUGACCGAGCUUGAUGUUAUUCAGGGAAACCAUGCUGUGGCCUCGGCCGUCAUUCUUAUCCAGACCGAGUCCCCGGAUCUUUUCUUGCCGCCUUCGGAAGGCAGCGUAAAUCGCGCCGACAAUGACGGCCCUUCGUCUUCCAAUUUUUCAACCUCUAAUUCGUCGCGCUCCCACUCGGAACCGAAGACCAAAGUGACCGCAAAUACCAGGAGAUUGUCACCUUCGCGAAACCUCAGUGACACCAUCCGGGAGAAUUUGCUAGUUAUGGUGCCAUUUGAUCAGAGGCACAAUGUGGAACAGGUUUACAAUGGCAGUCAAACCUACCCGGAGACGACGAUAGUUGCUCGUCUCGAAGAGUGCCUCGAGAUACUGUCGAGCAGUAAUCAGGACGACGUCAAUUCGUACAACAAAAUUUACACCUACGUUCUGCUAGACUGGCGCGACAAUGGGUGGAAACCAGUCCUGAAGGUCACAAAGUCUGAAAAUGAGAUGAUCGUCAUCGAGAUCAGCAAGGACGUCAGAACCGAUGAUGGAGUCUUCGAACCACCUUGCGACGAAGACAGAGAAUGCCCUGAUGGUGUUGACCCCUUCCGAAUGGCCCACGUGAUACUGAUUAUACUGGUUUCGAUAUUCUUCGCAUUCGUCGCCAUCACGACAACGGCUUUAGUCAGGAAACACCUGCUAAAGAAGAGGAUGUCGAAGGGUCCUUACAAGAUCAUCUUGACUGCCAGUGACUUCGUAUUUCCUCAGGUUCAUGACUCGCGUCGGGUCGACGAAGGAAUCGAAGCUAUGCUUUGCUGUUGGCUUCAGCAGUUGCAGGAAUUCGGUGGUCCUGAAGUUGACAAGCCGGACCUUCUUCAGGGUAGCGUUGGCUCUUUGAAACCUCACCUGCAGACGAGCACCGGAAGCUUGGCACGCCAUACGAUCUUCAAAGAUCACCGAGCUCGCUACAAUGGGGACUUGGUUGAGCUCAAAGAGAUUCCUUGUCAAGGAGCGUUCGAGCUGAAAAGCAAAGCCAUGGACGUGAUAGUCACAAUCCACGGACUGAGACACGAGAACUUGAAUCCACUGAUAGGAUGUUUGACGGAACCAACCAGGCCUUGUCUUGUGUCCGAGUAUUGCUCCCGGGGUUCUUUGGAGGACGUUUUGGUCCAAGAUGAAAUAAAGCUUGAUUGGUCGUUCCGGUUGUCCCUGCUGACGGACCUAGUGCGGGGGAUGAGGUAUCUACACAGCAGCCCAAUUCGUAUUCACGGAUAUUUAACCUCGAGGAACUGCGUCAUAGACGCACGCUGGGUUCUAAAAGUAUCGGAUUAUGGGUUGCCGCCUUUUUACGACGCCCAGAAUGUUGUUCCGCCGGCGAAAACGGCCAGAGACCUGUUAUGGACGGCUCCGGAACUCCUCAGGCAUUCCGGGUUGAGGAAGAGAGGCACACAACCCGGGGAUGUUUACAGUUUUGGGAUAAUCAUGCAGGAGGUUGUUGUGCGAGGCGCACCCUUUUGCAUGCUCGGAUUAUCUCCCGAAGAUAUCAUAGAAAAAGUGAAAAGACCCCCACCCCUGAUAAGGCCGUCGGUAAGCAAAGGAGCAGCGCCUCCGGAGGCAAUAAAUAUCAUGAGGCAAUGUUGGGCCGAGGCGACCGAUCUGCGUCCGGAUUUCAACGCGGUCCAUGACCUCUUCAAAAAGCUGAAUCACGGAAGGAAGGUGAAUUUCGUCGACACGAUGUUCCAAAUGCUCGAAAAAUACUCCAACAACUUGGAGGAGCUCAUCAGAGAACGGACCGAGCAGUUGGACAUGGAGAAAAAGAAGACCGAACAGCUGCUGAACCGUAUGCUGCCCAGCUCUGUCGCGGAGAAACUUAAACUCGGUGAGCCGGUGAACCCCGAAGAAUUCCGCGAAGUGACUAUAUACUUCUCGGACAUCGUCGGAUUUACCACGAUAUCAGCGUACUCAACUCCGUUCCAGGUUGUCGAUCUCCUGAAUGACCUCUAUACCUGCUUCGAUGCCACCAUAAACGCGUACAAUGUCUACAAGGUGGAAACGAUAGGUGACGCUUACAUGGUGGUCGGUGGAUGUCCGGUGCGAAUACCGGACCACGCGACCCAGAUAGCGACGAUGGCUUUAGAUCUGCUUCACCAGAGCGGGAAGUUCAAGCUGCGACACUUACCGAAGACGCAGCUGAGGCUGAGGAUUGGGCUACACACCGGUCCAUGCUGUGCGGGAGUCGUUGGACUUACCAUGCCUCGGUACUGCCUCUUCGGCGACACCGUCAACACCGCUUCGAGGAUGGAAUCGACCGGUGCUGCUUGGCGAAUCCAUAUGAGUCAGGCGACUCGUGAUCGGCUAACGCAUGUCGGCGGCUACCAAAUCGAGUAUCGUGGAAGAACCGAGGUCAAGGGAAAGGGAAGACUGCCAACCUAUUGGCUCCUGGGAAAGCAGGGAUUUGACAAGGAACUGCCGACGCCGCCGCCUCUCGGGGAGAGUCACGGGCUAGACGAGAGUUUGAUAAUCGGUAACAUGCCGUUGGGGGAUCAAUCUGGACUGGAAACGCCUCAAAUAAUGAGCACUGCGUCGGACGACGAAAGUUCGGGAGAGUGCAGCGCUUCAUUGGCGACAACGCCAGCAGGAACGGCCUCUCCAUCCGGAAUGAAAUUGUCCGGAGGACCGGAACACCUUCCUCAAGACAGAUUCGAAGCGCGGAAUGCAUUUACGAGGAGAGUUUCGGCAUCCGUACAUGACGAGAAGACCCUGACGACAAGCUUCUCCCUGAAGUCCAGCGACGCGGUUGAAAUUCUUCGAGACAUCGUGAAGACUCCGGAGUAUAACUCAAGCGCCAAUGUCACCAAAAGCACAUCCGGCGACACUCAACUGUCACUCGGCACUCCGGUAUCGGCAACCGAAGUCGCCGCCGCUCUUCUCGGCGCUUCUACAACCUCUUUGACCUCCGUUACUGGAUCCGCUUUUCGCGGAAGGCACAGAAGGGUUGGCGUCAUCGACGAGGAUGAUCUCAGCACGCCUUACAAUCAUUACAGAUGUCUUUCGCCCAAUGAACACUAUGGGAAAAGCAGCGGUUGUCGAUUGCUGAAGCGACAAUUCAGCCUCGACCGUGCGGAUGAGCCUUCGUCACUAACGGAGCCGCAAUUGUGCAGACAAACGCCUCGGCUAUACAAGCAAAACAGCGCCGGGGCCGCAAACGACCUUGAACGUAUCGAAGAACACCCGGCAACUCCUGGUCCUCAGAUAUACCGACACGCAGCAUCAAUGUCUCUGUCCGUAGAGUCGCUGUCUUUGCACUAGACAACGGUCUUCAAGGUCCGUUCGAAACGCUUUCACAAAUCAAUCCAAAUCCCAAAUUUCGGAUAUCGCUCUUGCCUUGAAUUACAGAGCCUCUGAUUUGAUUACUUGAAUUUUGGAGCGAAAACUGUGGAGGACGAUGAAAGUCUCAAAAUAUACUGCGAAGGACAAUUAUUUAUUAACUACGUCUAGUGUGGAUAUCAAUCGAUAUAUAAUCAAUGAUACAUAAUGCAUGAUAGAUGGUAGAUCCUUCAGAGUGCUUCAAAUCCGUCUCAACCCGGCCGAAAGAGAAUGCAAAUCCAAAUGUUGAUACUAUUCUUGUGUAAAAAGAGAGGGAAUCAAUCGAUACUUUCCAACAAUUGAAAACAGAAGCGUAACUAUUGCUGAAGUCGGUUUCAUUUUUUUUCUAUAUUUUUCAAUCGAUGCAAAUCUGUGAAAAAAAACUUCACCUCUUUCGAAACGGUUUAGAAAAUAGAUACAACAACUUAUUCGAAACAUUUGCGAGAGUUUGCGGAUUUGUAGACUACCAGUAAUCAUAAUAAUAAUCAUAACAAUCUGCGAGGUUGAGACGGUGUAAAAGGGCUCUUAGCGAUUAGCGGAACACUUAAGUGUGACUACAAUAAAUGUGUGAAAGGGUGAAGCUUGCGGUGAUUGGAACACCUUUCCUCUAUUAUCUUAUUAAGUAUUUUCCAACGGCUGCAAGCUUCGCCCUAAUCCUGCGUCAGCAAUAAGUGAAAAUAAUAAAAGAAUAGAAAUAUUUUGACACAUAAUAAAGUAAAAGAAAAUAAAUACAGACACUAGUAGUGAUAGUAAAAAUGAUAAUGAUAAUGAUGAAAAUUAAUUCAGCCAAAAUGGCACUUGUAAUGGAAGUUCAAAUUAUAUACUGCAUUAUACAUAAAUGUAUAUGUAAUAUAUCUAUAUACAUGUAUUUGUAUGGAAGCGAACGAGGUGAUCAAGAUUCCGCCUCCCUCAUUUGCGUAUAAUGCAAUUUUUAAGAAGUGAAAUAAUCAUAAUAAUAACAAUAGUGAUAAUAAUUACUUGUACGUAAGAUUCAUCAAUUUCAAUCACUGGUUUAUAACACCAUCAAAAAUGUAGAGGACAAUCGUUAGUCGACUUGGAAAAGUUCGUCGGCUGUUGGAUAUAAUAUUUCAUUCUACAUGUAUGUAUUCCGAAUUUUCUAUUCUCAUUAUGGGAAACUAUGAUCGCGAAAAAAGCAAAUGUCGAGACACUCAAAGUUUUUAGUACGAUUUUAAAAUCAGUCUCAAAUUUCUAUCCCGUCAAUUGUACUAUUCAUGAAACGAAAAAAACAUCAUUCAUCAAAUUUUUCAAAAAUCACCGAAUGAUACCGUCGAUUGAGCGAGGGCAAAAAUUUGUUAUUCAGUCACCGUCGGGAAAAGUUUCAAGUUACAUCUGUUCUGUUGACGUAGAAAGUCGUGUGUGAUUAAUCGUUUUGUGCUGAUAAAAGUAUCUUUUUUAAUUUUUUUCCAUCAUUCUCUCUCUCUAUCUCUCUCUCUCUCUCUCUCUCGCUUUUGCAAACAAAUCGCAGCUUGUUGUCGCUUUGAGGAUUCUUGGGGAUCCCUUCUCUUGGUAUUUUAUUCACGAAACGUGCGGAUCGAGUUAGAAAUGGCGAGGCACUCAAGAGAGUAGAUCACCGCUGAAAAUGAACUCGAAAAAUGAAUCGCUUUUCUUUUUCCUUCGGCCAAUCUUCUUCUCCACAAAA